UGUGGUUAUCUGCCUCAAACUCGCCCAACGCAUUUCGAUGUAGGAUGCUAGAUGCGAUCUUCGGUUAUUCACAGACAAGCUGAGGCAGAGCGUAGAAUGAAUAACUUAGUUUUAUCAAAAUAAUGAUGUUGUCUGUAUUGACUCUAGUUAUUCUGUCAAGCCUUCUCUCAACACAGGUGCUCUUGGACAGCAUCAAUCCACCAGGCUGCGGUGUCGCAAGAGUCCUUGGCAGAAUCGUCGCUGGAAAGACAAUUGCGCGUUCUCGUAUACCGUGGAUAGUACAUCUCGUCGCGAGGUAUCAGUUCAAGCCGCGUUCAAUCAAGAAAAUGGCAUGUGGUGGUAGUAUACUGUCCCGCAGGUUCAUACUAACUGCAGCACACUGCAUACAUUUUGGGUACCGACUCCCCGUGUCCAUUCUUGUGAGAUACAACAGUACUUACUUGGGGCGUGGCCCACUUGCUUCGGCGAAAGAUGUUAUACCACAUCCUAGGUUCAGUAUGGAUACUGUCGCGAAUGAUAUCGGACUUGUAAAGUUGACAAAACCACUACAAUUUGACAAAUUCGUCAAACCAAUCUGCUUACCAAUGACACGAUUGCAACUGGUCCACAAGAAAGCAUUCGCUGCUGGAUGGGGGAAGACCAGAGAUACAGGUGUCAAGGGUACUCACCGACUUCACUACAUCAAGACAAAUAUCUUGCCCUUUAGAAAUUGCACAACCAGCUUCGAUCCCUGGAUGCAGCAGGAUGUAUUUACUGACGCAUCAGUGAUAUGCACGAAAACGAAUGGAAAAGGCGUCUGUCAGGGUGACUCCGGUGGUCCAGUCACCGUCUGGCGGAAGCGUCAGCGGAAAUAUUUCCAAGUGGGCGUCGUCUCUUUCUCCAGAGGCUGCAGCAAGGCAGGCCAUCCUAACGUGCACACCAGGGUGUCCCACUUCGUGCAUUGGAUCCGGAACAUGAUGUGGAUUAGGUGACGGUUCUGAGAAGCAUUCUGACAUUAAGGCAUCGUAAAGAGAAGACCGAUUAAGUUUAACAUGCUCUUUUAAAUAAAGUUGUGUGCUUUCUUAUUGAACAUUGCAGAAACACAA